ACGCGGCUCUGAGUACGAUAAUCUGAGGGGAAGCCAUUGUUGGAACCCCGCGUUCGGGCCCUUUACCGUCACCGCCACCUCCCGGACUCUACUGCGGCGCCGAGGACUCUUACUAAAUCUUCAAAAUGGGUCGCAUGCACAGUGGAGGGAAGGGUAUUUCCCAGUCUGCCCUGCCAUACCGCCGCUCCGUGCCCAACUGGCUGAAGCUCACCAAGGACGAUGUAGAGGACCAGAUUGUGAAGCUCGCCAAGAAGGGACUCACGCCCUCACAGAUCGGUGUGAUCCUCCGAGAUAGUCACGGUGUUGCACAGGUGAGGUUUGUCACUGGCAACAAGAUCCUCCGUGUGCUCAAGGCUAAGGGUUUGGCCCCAGCUAUCCCAGAGGACUUGUACCACCUCAUUAAGAAGGCUGUCUUCAUCCGCAAGCAUCUUGAGAGGAACAGGAAGGAUCGUGACUCCAAGUUCCGCCUCAUUCUUGUAGAGUCUCGAAUCCACCGCCUGGCCAGGUACUACAAGACAAAGAGUGUUCUGCCCCCCACCUGGAAGUAUGCAUCGGCAACCGCCUCUGCUCUAGUUGCAUAAAUAAAGAUACGCUGAGA